AUGGCGACCGACACAACUCGCGAAAAAGCCCUCACAGAUUACAGAAAAAAGCUCCUGGAACACAAGGAGCUUGAAGCGAGGCUAAAAGAAAUGAGAGAGCAGCUGAAGGAGUUCACCAAGCAGUAUGACAAGUCUGAGAAUGAUCUAAAAGCUCUUCAGAGUGUUGGCCAGAUCGUCGGUGAGGUCCUCAAACAACUUACUGAAGAUAAAUUCAUUGUGAAGGCCACAAAUGGACCAAGAUAUGUCGUUGGUUGUAGGAGACAAAUUGACAAAUCCAAGCUGCGUGCUGGGACAAGGGUAGCCUUAGAUAUGACCACCUUGACAAUCAUGAGGUACCUGCCUCGCGAGGUUGAUCCAUUAGUGUACAACAUGUCAACUGAAGACCCUGGUGAUAUUACAUACUCACAGAUUGGAGGUCUUGGCGAGCAGAUCAGGGAGCUCAGAGAGGUUAUUGAGCUGCCACUGAUGAACCCAGAGUUGUUCCAGCGAGUUGGUAUCACUCCUCCCAAAGGCUGUCUUCUUUUUGGUCCCCCUGGUACUGGCAAGACAUUAUUAGCUAGGGCUGUAGCUUCACAACUGGAAGCUAAUUUCUUAAAGGUUGUUUCCAGUGCUAUCGUUGAUAAAUAUAUUGGUGAGAGUGCCCGUCUGAUCAGAGAAAUGUUUGGUUAUGCCAGGGACCACCAGCCCUGCAUCAUAUUCAUGGAUGAGAUUGAUGCCAUUGGUGGCAGACGAUUCUCCGAGGGUACAUCAGCGGACAGAGAGAUCCAGAGGACACUCAUGGAAUUAUUGAAUCAGAUGGAUGGGUUUGAUGCUCUGGGACAAGUCAAGAUCAUCAUGGCAACCAACAGACCAGAUACACUUGAUCCCGCCUUGCUACGACCAGGCAGGUUGGAUAGAAAAAUAGAAAUUCCACUACCCAAUGAACAAGCUAGAAUGGACAUUCUGAAAAUCCAUGCACAACCAAUUGCUAAACAUGGCGAAAUAGACUGGGAAGCUGUGGUGAAGCUAUCCGAUGAUUUCAAUGGAGCCGAUCUGAGAAAUGUGUGCACUGAAGCAGGCAUGUUUGCCAUCAGGGCAGAGAGGGACUACGUCAUCGAAGAGGAUUUCAUGAAAGCUGUCAGGAAAGUAUCCGAUAACAAGAAGUUGGAAUCAAAAUUGGACUAUAAACCAAUCUAAUUGGUGAUAUUGAUCAUUAGGCCAAUUGGAUAAUGGCUGAAUUCUUGUCUGCAACAAAACUCCUUGGUAAAGCAUAAUGCUGUUUUAAAAUCUUUGCUGUUGAACUGUUAUGUAUAGAACUAUGGCCCGCUGUAUGUGUAAGAAAGGCCAGUCGGUCCUACUCUGUUUACAGCUUGAAAGAUGAAGCUGGCUCCUGCCAGAGAACGUAUUGUGGAGCUAUUAUGCCAGAAACAUCUGUUCACUGAAGUGGUGUAUUUUAAAAUGGAGAUGCAAGUUUUUUUGAUGAAAAAGGUCCUCUGAUGUUAUCACUUGAUCAGAGGUCGUUCAUACACAGAAAUAGAAGUUAUGUCAUGCCACUGUUGUGAACAUUAAUACUAAGAAUCACAAGUUCUGAGUAUUAAUGUUUACUCUGGAAAAUAAAACUUGAU